AUUAAUGUUCAUAAUUAUUCGUAAUUAAUCAAAUUAAUAAACCCUCUCCAAACCAAAUUCUUCGUCGGUCAUCUUCACACCUCCAGAAACACGCACACCACGCGAAAUUUCUCUCCUUUUUUUCUGCUCUCUUCAGCAAUUAAGCAUUUAUGCGAGGUUUAAGCUUCAUGAUUUUUUGAGCUCUUUUUGAAUUAUUUUUUCUGUGUUGACGAUUUGUGCCGAAUCUGAGCCGUUGAAUUUGACGAUUCCACCACCAAUGCAACUCAGAUCCCGUCAAUUUAGUCCAUCUGUUUACCCCUUUCUGAGCCCUAGUAGAUCCGUGUAGAAAUUUGUCGGUACUCGAUUGGAUUUGGAGAUUAUAAAUUUUCUGCGGUUCAAUCGGGGUUUUGUGAAUUGAAUUCGGUUGAAGAUGGUGGCGGCGAAAUCUCAGGGGCGGCUGUUCACGAUCGGGCUGGUGGCGUCGUGGUACUCGUCGAACAUUGGGGUUUUGCUGCUGAACAAGUAUUUGCUGAGCAAUUACGGGUUCAAGUACCCGAUUUUCUUGACGAUGUGCCACAUGACGGCGUGCUCGUUGCUCAGCUACAUCGCGAUCGCGUGGAUGAAGAUGGUGCCGAUGCAGACGAUAAGAUCUAGGGUUCAGUUCAUGAAGAUCUCGGCGCUCAGCUUGAUCUUCUGCGCUUCCGUUGUCAGCGGCAACAUCUCGCUCAAGUACCUGCCCGUGAGCUUCAAUCAGGCGAUUGGCGCCACGACGCCGUUUUUCACUGCGGUGUUUGCGUACUUGAUGACGCUCAAGAGGGAAGCGUGGUUGACUUAUUUUACAUUGGUUCCUGUAGUUACUGGAGUUGUCAUCGCGAGUGGGGGUGAGCCUAGUUUCCAUUUAUUCGGGUUUAUCAUGUGUAUUGGUGCAACAGCUGCAAGGGCACUCAAGUCAGUGGUUCAGGGUAUUUUGCUUUCUUCUGAAGGGGAAAAGCUGAAUUCUAUGAAUCUGCUCCUCUAUAUGGCUCCUAUAGCUGUAGUACUUCUACUUCCUGUAACACUCCUCAUGGAAGAAAAUGUUGUUGGCAUCACAUUGGCCCUAGCAAGAGAGGAUUUCAGAAUUAUUUGGUUACUGCUGUUCAAUUCCGCGCUUGCAUAUUUUGUAAAUUUGACAAAUUUUCUGGUCACGAAGCACACCAGUGCCCUCACUCUUCAGAUCUUUGUUCUCGAGUAUUACCAAUUUGUAAAAUCUAAUAUAGUCUCCUAUUUAAAAAAAAAUGAAUUGAAUUGGGAAGUCGAUGCGAGGGUCGGAAUAAUUGCUGUGUUUGAAGGAGAAUGAAAUGACAAUAAGAUAUGUCCCUCCAUGUGCUUCCUGUGAUUGUGUGAAAUUUGUGCAUAUCCUGUCGACAGCAUUUUUGUGCAUUUAUUUAUUUUAACCAGAGAAUAAUAUGCUCGAGGUUGGUUUGUACCAGUUAUACUCCUUUAAUCUAAAUCUCUGCAUUGUGAGUUAUCCAUUUAUUAUCCAUAGAAAUCUGCAUUUGGCAAUAUUCACUCCUUCGUAUGCCUGUUUAGUUCUGUUCAGUGCUGUCGGAAGCUAUUUCUGUUAGUCUAUAGUUUAAUGUUGAGGGUCUUUUGAUGUAAAAAUGAAAUGUUGACCUGAUCAUCUAUGAAAAGUUUGUCACUGGAAUGCAUAUGUGAAUCUCGAAUAUGCUAUAUGGAAUCAACCAGUGAAACAUUUGGAGGAAGUCUCGUAAACGUCUUUCAAAUGUAUAGAAAAGCCUUGACUAGUCUGAGGUAUUCUAGGGUAGAACAACGUUAUUGGUGGAUUCAUUUGCUCAAUCUUUUCGAAUCUCUUGUUAAAUUAUCUAUACUAUUGAAAAAUCACAGAGAACAAGAUUGGUAAUGUACAAAUGUUGUUUUCAUUACUUUGAAGUAUCUCUGUUAGAACAUCAUGAUAUAUUUUUACAUGACAUAGUUGUUGCAUUUAUCACUUUAUGAUUACUAGAUUGCUUGUUGAUUAUGAUGGGGAAA